CAAGAAUGUUGUUAAACCAUCCAAACCUGUUUGGAUCUACUUUCUAUUUCACCUGACACACAAACUUCUUUACUUUGUCGUCUGCUAGGCUUCGUCGUGUCGGUAUAGACCCUGCCUGCUCUUCAUUCUCUCCAUGAGUAAAGAGAGGAGAAGGAUUAUCAACUAUGGCUUCAGGUGACUCCCUCCAUCUUUCAGAGCUGAGGAUUGUGCUGCUGGGGGGGAGAUAUGCAGGGAAGAGUUCAUCAGGAAACACCAUCCUGGGCAGAGAGGAGUUUGACCUGAGGACAACUGCUCAGUGUGUGAAGAGACAGGGAGAAGUAGCAGGGAGGCAGGUCACUGUGGUCGACACUCCAGGAUGCUGGAGGAAUCACCCUGUAGACUGGACUACUGAGCUGGUUAAACAGGAGAUAGUACGCAGUGUGUCUCUGUGUCCUCCAGGACCCCACACUCUCCUCCUUGUCAUACGGCUGGAUGUCUCAUUCCCAGAGGAACACAGAAGGUCAGUAGAGAGACACCUGCAGCUUCUCAGUGAGAGAGUCUGGAGUCACACUAUAGUGAUGUUCACCUGUGGGGACUGUCUGGGAGACACAACCAUUGAGCAGCACAUUGAGACAGGAGGGAAGGCCCUCCAGUGGCUUGUUGAGAAAUGUGGGAACAGGUAUCAUGUCCAGAUGGUGGCAGGAAACAGAGGAGGCCACUAUGAGACGGACAGAAAGAUCCUGGAGAAGAUAGAGGAGAUAGAGGAGAGAAGGAGGGCAGAGGAAGAGAGAGCACAACAGAGGCUGAUGAAGGUGCAAGAACAGAGAGAGACUCUCAGAUCACCAAUGGGUGACUCCCUCCAUCUCUCAGAGCUGAGGAUUGUGCUGCUAGGGGGGAAAAAUGCAGGGAAGAGUUCAUCAGGAAACACCAUCCUGGGCAGAGAGGAGUUUGACCUGAGGACAGCUGAUCGGUGUGUGAAGAGACAUGGACAAGUAGCAGGGAGGCAGGUCACUGUGGUCGACACUCCAGGAUGGUGGAGGAAUCACCCUGUAGACUGGACUACUGAGCUGGUUAAACAGGAGAUAGUACACUGUGUGUCUCUGUGUCCUCCAGGACCCCACACUCUCCACCUGGUCAUACGGCUGGAUGUCUCAUUCACAGAGAAAGAGAGAAGAUCAGUAGAGGGACACCUACAGCUUCUCAGUGAGAGAGUCUGGAGUCACACUAUAGUGCUGUUCACCAAUGGGGACUGUUUGGGAGACACAACUAUUGAGCAGCACAUUGAGAGAGAAGGGAAGGCCCUCCAGUGGCUUGUUGAGAAAUGUGGGAACAGGUAUCAUGUCCUUAACAAUAAGAACAGGGGUGAUGACACUCAGGUCACUGAGCUGUUGGACAAGAUGGAGGAGAUGGUGGCAAAAAACAGAGGAGGCCACUAUGAGAUGGACAGAAAGAUCAUGGAGAAGACAAAGAAGAGAAGGAGGGCAGAGGAAAAGAGAGCACAACAGAGGAUGAUGAAGGUGCAGGAACAGAGAGAGACUAACAGAUCACUAAUGGGUCUCUCUCUGACAGGUGACUCCCUCCAUCUCUCAGAGGUGAGGAUUGUGCUGCUGGGGUGGAGAUGUGCAGGGAAGAGUUCAUCAGGAAACACCAUCCUGGGCAGAGAGGAGUUUGACCUGAGGACAGCUGCUCAGUGUGUGAAGAGACAGGGAGAAGUAGCAGGGAGGCAGGUCACUGUGGUCGACACUCCAGGAUGGUGGAGUAAUCUCACUGUAGAGAGUACUACUGAGCUGGUUAAACAGGAGAUAGUACACAGUGUGUCUCUGUGUCCUCCAGGACCCCAUACUCUCCUCCUGGUCAUACGGCUGGAUCUAUCAUUCCUAGAGAAACACAGAAGAUCAGUAGAGGGACACCUGCAGCUUCUCAGUGAGAGAGUCUGGAGUCACACUAUAGUGCUGUUCACCUGUGGGGACCAUCUGGGAGACACAACCAUUGAGCAGCACAUUGAGAGAGAAGGGAAGGCCCUCCAGUGGCUUGUUGAGAAAUGUGGGAACAGGUAUCAUGUCCUCAACAAUAAGAACAGGGGUGAUGACACUCAGGUCACCAAGCUGUUGGACAAGAUGGAGGAGAUGGUGGCAAGAAACAGAGGAGGCCACUAUGAGAUGAACAGAAAGAUCCUGAAGAAGAUAGAGAAUAUAGAGGAGAGAAGGAGGGCAGAGGAAGAGAGAGCACAACAGAGGCUGAUGAAGGUGCAGGAACAGAGAGAGACUCUCAGAUCACUAAUGGGUGACUCCCUCCAUCUCUCAGAGCUGAGGAUUGUGCUGCUGGGAUGGAGAGUUGAAGGGAAGAGUUCAUCAGGAAAUACCAUCCUAGGCAGAGAGGAGUUUGACCUGAGGACAGCUGCUCAGUGUGUGAAGAGACAGGGAGAAGUAGCAGGGAGGCAGGUCACUGUGGUCGACACUCCAGGAUGGUGGAGGGAUCUCACUGUAGAGAGUACUACUGAGCUGGUUAAACAGGAGAUAGUACGCAGUGUGUCUCUGUGUCCUCCAGGACCCCACACUAUCCUCCUGGUCAUACGGCUGGAUCAAUCAUUCCCAGAGAAACACAGAAGAUCAGUAGAGGGACACCUGCAGCUUCUCAGUGAAAGAGUCUGGAGUCACACUAUAGUGUUGUUCACUCAUGGGGACCAUCUGGGAGACACAACCAUUGAGCAGCACAUUGAGAGAGAAGGGAAGGCCCUCCAGGGGCUUGUUGAGAAAUGUGGGAACAGGUAUCAUGUCCUCAACAAUGAGAACAGUGGUGAUGACACUCAGGUCACUGAGCUGCUGGACAAGAUGGAGGAGAUGGUGACAGGAAACAUGUUUUACCAGACGUCACUACUGCCUGUAAGAAGAGCUGGGAGCUACAACCUCCUCCCUCCAGACAUGAGUGGAGACAGCAGAGCUGAGAGAGAAGAUGAUUCUGGUUGGAGAUCUAAGACUGGACCACUGUGGAGCCUUGAGAAGUGGAGAGAUGGUGGAUCUGAUCUGUCUCUGAGGAGCUCUGGCUACGGCUCCCUGGGGUCCAGACUUUCUCACCACAGCUCAGGGAGGACUGAGCACGCUCAGAAGGGCUCUGCAGAGGAGCAGCUGCGCUCUGCAAGACUGGAGUUUGUGGAGCGAGUGUCCAUGCCUGUUCUGGAUGAUCUGCUGGAAGGACUUCUGAAGGAGAGGGUGAUCAACAAUGCUGAGAUGGAGGCAGUGAAGGUGGAGGCAGUGAGGAAGGACAGAGCACGGUCCACCAUCAACAUGGUCCUGAAGAAAGGAUCUCUCUCAUGUUUUGUGAUGAAAACUAUGUUGGCUAAAUAUGACCCUGCCUCAUACACAACUCUUGGCUUCAAAUAAAACAUGCUGAGAACAGUGUCAGACCUAGGAUGAGUGUAUAACACCAAUGUUUCAGCCUAGUAGUGAAUACACUAUGUACAGAUAUAGGCCGCAAGGUGAACCACAAAAAGUCUUUUAGAAAAUGAUUCCCUCUCCACAGUCUGGCAUCUACACAAUCUUUAGCUCAUAAAAAAGAACGAGUCGUGCUAAGCUACCAAAAAAAAGUUUGUCGCUGAAAUUCCAGUCGAUUAUCGUUGCGUCAAUGUUUUAUACAGAACUAGUUUCUUCAGGACGUAAUAGGAUUUUGGUGGCACGGUUCGACACGUGAUCGUUCUACACCAAUAAGGUAGCUGCUUUUUGUCAACAUGGAUGGAUAUGUUUGGCAAAUAGAGGAUGGGACCUUGCACGUAACAGAAAUUCGGCCCCUGACAGUGUUUUGCAUGUGAUACACUGCGGCUGCAAAAGUGCGUGUGAGACAGGCAGAUGUUGAUGUUUUUCUGCAGGACUGUGUUGCACAGACUUAUGUCGUUGUUGUAAUUGUGCCAACACAAAAGAAACUGAGGAACUGGAAGAUAACUGUCCUGACACUGACAGUGAGGACUGAGUGUCCUUAAUCUGUUAUUCCUUAUUCUGUUUUGUACAGUUUUAUAUAUCAUAUUUCAUAUUUUUCAUUACUUUAUGAUUAAGUUUAUGGUUGAUCAGUGUUUUCAUUUGUGGAAGAAUGAAUGAAUGAAUGUUACAACAACGACAUAAGUCUGUCUGUCCCCCCCCCCCCCCCCCCCCCAGGUUAAUGUAAUAGCCUAGUUUAAUAACUAAUGUAAUAUUGCACAUAUUUUCGUACUAUUUCCCCUAAAGCAAUAAGGUUAGGCUACUUAGAGACCUUCCACUCAUAAAGUGUUCUAAAUGGCAUAAAUGCUGCCAAUUAUUAAUUGACGUAUUAAUAAUUGACGUUGGUCAGUAGCCUAGCCUAUCGAUUAAGGUACUCGAAAGCAUGUACACUGUCUGCUUCAUUUGAGCUUGAUAGGCUAAGCAUUCUGUAGCAAAUAAUAACAAUAAACACACUAUUAAUUAAAACUACUUCUGCAUAGUUGCACCAAAAAUACAAACGUAAGCAAAGGCAGCAAUCGCUAUCGAAUCAACAGACAUGUGCAAUUUAGCUAGCUGGGGAAUAAUACAAACAACGAAGAUCACCAGGGCCCCGUUCGUCCUAAGGGUUGAAGCUAAGUUAAUCAAUUGUCCCUUUAGCCCGUUAACAUUAGCGAGAUGAGUGAGAACAGCAAAUAUCGGUUCGUCAACGGCUGAUCCGCAUCCAAAUCAUGUGGUUAAUUUCAAUCAGGCUAAACUUAUCAGAAAUUGCACGUGCACGUCCUACUUCAAAAGGCAGCAAAGGUCGAUCACCAAAACCGUGAUUUUCUAACGGUAUGAUGGCGGAAAAGACAAAAGAGAGAGCGGUGAUAGGCUAUUCUCGCCAUCCGAGCAAACUAUUAUAAUGUAUGGCA